AUUGCGUCAUAAAGAAGCGCCGCUUUUGGUGGUGUUAUGAUGUUGUUUAGUCGAAAGCGCUAAGUUUAAUUCUUAAUAACACUUUGGUCGUAUCGCUGGUGAUUAAACAUGGGCAAAUCUUUUGCUAAUUUCAUGUGUAAGAAGGAUUUCCAUCCUGCAUCAAAAUCCAACAUAAAGAAGGUAUGGAUCGCAGAACAGAAGUUGACCUUCGAGAAGAAGCAGCAGGAGGAGCUGAUGCAGGCAUAUGUGAAGGAGCAGGAGACUUACAACAACAGACUGCUGAUGGGAGAUGAUCGUGUGAAAAAUGGCCUUAAUUUUAUGUAUGAAGCACCUCCAGGAGCAUCUAAAGAGGAGACUAAAGAGGGAGGAGAGUCAGAGUACAAGUUUGAGUGGCAGAAAGUGGCUCCUCGUGAAAAGUAUGCGAAGGAUGACAUGAAUAUUCGAGAUCAGCCUUUUGGCAUUCAGGUGCGAAACGUGCGCUGUAUUAAGUGUCAUAACUGGGGUCAUGUGAACACUGACCGCGAAUGUCCGCUGUUCGGCCUGUCGGGGAUCAAUGCCAGCUCCAUGGCCGGAGAUGAAGCAGGUCCGUCGAUGCACCCCUCCGAGUUAAUGGCGGAGAUGCGAAACAGUGGCUUUGCGCUGAAGAAAUGUGUCCUUGGGAGGAGCAGCACCAUGAGUGAUCCGGCACAGGACUUUGUGGCCAGCGAGGAGGAAGAAGAUCCUGAGGUGGAGUUCCUGAAGUCUCUGUCCACCAAACAGAAGCAGAAACUGCUCAGAAAACUGGACCGUCUGGAAAAGAAAAAAGACAAGAAGAAGAAGAGUAAAAAGAAGAGCAAAAAGAAGCAGAAAAAGAAAUCGUCCAAGAGUUCGUCCAGCAGCUCAUCGGACAGCAGCGACUCGGAGGACGAGAAGCACUCUGCAAAAAAGGCCAAGAAGAAGAAGAGCAAGAAGAAAAAAGACUCAUCUAGCGACUCGGAGAGUGACUCCAAACACACACAUCCAAAACACAGCAGUAAAGGAGAGAGAGAGAGUAGAGAGAGGAGGAGAGAGAAAAGCAGGAGCCCUCAGCGGUGGAGGGAUGAGAGAGAGAGAGGUAAGGAGAGAUGCAGGAGCUCCAGCAGAGAGAGAGAAAGAGGGACGAGAGACCGGAGGGAGAGAGAGAGGGAUGACAGGAGGAGGAGGGAAUGAGGGAGGGGUAGAAGUGACAGUAGAGAUGCGGAGAACACUGUAAAAACUGAUUAGUCAACUUUACUUUAAAGAGUGAGUAAACCUGUUUCUUUUAAAUUCAACCAGUUUACUCACUUAUUUUAAGUAAAGUCAACUAAUCGCUUUUAAAGCGUAAUAUAAGUGAGUUACCUAGUUGCUUUUAAAGCGAUUAGUCGACUUAAAAUAAGAGACGUAAACCUAUGGCUUACAAAGCAAUUAGUUGAUUUUACUUAAUAAAGUGAGUAAACCUGUUGCUUUUAAAGCGAUUAGUUGACUUUACU